AUGGCACAGACUUAUAAUGCCAGCGGACAAUUCCUUGAGGAAACCUCAGGCAUAGAACAUAAUAUAAACACAAUUCAAAAAAACAUUGAAAGUAUUCAAACGUUACAAUCAGUUGUUCUGCUGAGUACUUCAGCACAACAGGAGGAUAUCAAUAUUCAAAAACGUGAAAAGCUUAUGUCGAGUACCAAAAAUCUACUUAUUGAAACCAAAGAUCGUAUUAAAAAAAUCGAAUAUGAAAAUGUUAAAUUACCAAAAGAUGAUCCAAAUAUCAACCUUAGAAAACAAAGAUUUCAGUUUCUCAAAGAAAAAUUUACCAAUGUGCUCGACAAUUAUCGUGAUGUUGAAAAUACUUAUAUGAGACAACAAAAAGAUAGAAUGACACGUCAAUAUAGAGUUGUCAAACCACAUGCAACUCAAAAUGAAAUCGAGAGUUACUUGAACAAUCCAUCAAGCCAACCGCUUUUUCAACAAGCUGUAACUACAGGUGAAGCUCGUGCAGCAUUUGCAGAAGUUCAAAAACGUCAUGGUGAUAUAAAACAGAUUGAAAAAACAAUCGAGGAAUUAGCAGAUUUAUUCCGUGAAAUGCAAUUACAGGUGGAGGAACAAGAUGCUAUGAUUUUAAAUAUCGAAGAAUCUGUCGGUGAUACCCUUGAAAAGACUAAACAAAGUGAAAGCUUUCUUGAAAAAGCACGCGAGACUUCAUCUCCAUCUGCAGUUACUGUGACAGCAAGUCCUUCCGGAUUAUUUCCUUCAACCCCCUAA